CGAGGAUCUCCCCGGUAUAGCAACGACAGAGAGACAGAGGACACCACAUUCUUUUCCAAUGCAGCAAACGUCAGCGAGUGCAAGCAGGCGCCGCAACAAACAGAGCCAGCCACAUCGUCCGUCAGGCGAAGAGGAACGUGGUCCUCCUGUGGGUUCGUCCCACCGGAUGGAAUGUGCUGGUCCGUCUCAGCCGUCCGGCCGACAAGACCAAGGCACCCCUCUCAUCACAUACAGAAGGAAGGCCUUGUCAACUGGUCCGUCUGCUACCCGCCAGAAGGACGAUGGUGGUGCGUCCAGGAAGGCGGCGCUACGGGAGAUAAGCGAAGGAUCGGACGCCGAAACGGAGGACAAUCCUAGGAUUUCUAAUGGUCGACAUCAACAGGGUAAUCAUGCAGUCGACGAUGAGGAAUGUGGUGUCGACGAGGACGAUGUCGAAGAGGAUAAAAGCGAUAGGGAGAGAGAGAGAGAGGAUCGUGAGGAGUCUAUGCAGGACAGCGAGGGUGAGGAGUCUCGAGAGUACUAUGAGGAGGACUACAGGGCCGAUGGGGAAAACGAUGAUGCAUAUGCUGUCGAUCAUGACGGUGGACGGCAAGAACGGUCGGCUGAUGUGGACGUCGACGACGCAAGAGGAGAGCGGUCAGAGGCCAGUGUGCUCAAAGCUUCUCAGGAGGCGGUCGCUGAAAGCGUGAAGAAACGAAAAGGGUCCGCGUCAACCAGGACGACGAAAGGGGAGAAACGUCCACCGAAAAGAAAGCAGAUGGUUGAUGAGGGUGACUCUGGAGAGGAUGCCGAGGGGGUUCCUCCAAGAGUUGUGUCGGAACAGUCACAACCUUCCGCUAGCACCCAUGUUGAAGCCAUCGACACAACAAGGUGCUUCUUUUUGGAGUUCGAUGAAUAUGGGUUCGCAAAGAAGAAACGGGAACACAUUCAAGUGGACGUCACAAAGAUCUUGCCAAUCCCUGAAGGUGACAUCCUCUUCAACCAUAGGACGUUGGACGAAACGUUGGUGCAGUCCAUAUAUGAUGCGAUCCAUAAUGCGGCCAAGGAUACCAACGGGAGGUGGGAUUUCACGACUUUUAUCCUGGCUCCCAUUGUGCCCAACAGGGACGGGUCUCAAGGCAGACGGAUCACACCGGAGCAAUUCGACGUCGAACUAGCUCAUACGUACAACUGGUAUGUUGUUGCUGGCCAACACACGGCUGAGGCAAUUAACAGACUCAUUCAAGACAAGUCGCCGGCCGAGAAAGUGUAUGGCUUGAGGUCAUACUCUCACGUACGUGUUGUCUACUUUGACGAUGACACAAAGAGAGGAUAUCCGUACGUCUCGACGUUCGACAACACGAGGGAGGAGCGUUCCAUCCCAAGAUCGUUUUCGUCAUCUGUGCGCCAAAUCAGAACAUUUUGGGAUAAGAGGAAUGACCGCAUCCGUCCGCCAGGCACCGUGUCUCCCAAUGACGUCGAGGGGAUGAAACGGAAAAAGAAAUGGGAAGCGUUCAUGAACGCCGCCUGCAAAAUGACACCUGAUUCCGGUCUCAUGAUCUCGUCCCUGGAGAACGACUACUGCAAGGAAUGGACGAAUAAGCUACGCGGCUACAUGAAUCUUGCGCAGUGCGGAGAUACGGUGUGGCCACUGGUACUGAGAUUCUUCGACAUGUACGAGAAGGGGUUAUUGCCACGAGGCGACGGUGUGAGAUACAUCGACCUGUCGGGGAAAGUGGAAGGGAGGUUGCCUGGACAAUACUUCCUCAAGGAUAACUCCGGCAGAAAAGUUCUGUUCCACUGCAUCAAGCGCAGAAAGGGGUCACCAGGAGCAACGGUGCCGAGGCGUUUGGGCGGCCCUGAUGAGAUUCAUGGCGAGAACGGUGCGGGGCUGGAGGCAACCGAAGGCAUGUAUAAGGAAACCCCGUUCCACCUCAAGUGUUUCAUAUACGAGGCGAUCGACUGCUUGGACGACCUGAGAGCGGAGAUUAAUCGGAUAUCCUCCAGUGCUCGUCACAUCUUUUGGGAAGCGGGGAAGAGGAUUACCACGAUCCUGCUAUUUGAAAUCGAACCGAAGGGAGUGCUCACCGACAACGAGGAGGUUGUUGGUACGACGAGGGGGAUGAAGAUACGGGCAACUAUUCUUGAUAUGUCAACAUCACCGAAAUGUGUUCCGUGGGAUGAAGACGCAUUUUCCAAACUCUACGCUUUCCUCAUGACAUGCUGUGGCGAAAACUGGGCCUUGAUCAUUUUCGCGUCGAUGAAACACCGGAAACAGGUGAUGCAGAGCGUGUACAGCUGGGAUGAUGUUGAGGUGCUCAAAGGGUCAUGGUACAAACACUACACACCUUGGACAACCUUGAACAAGUACGGCAACAUUGCAGUUCGGUACACUGACAUGAUGGCUAUUGUCCUCCACGCCGAGAGCGGUAAUUUGGACAAUAUAACGGUUGCGCCGAAAAUGCGAGUCGAGUUGACAACUUUGAACGUGGAAGAGGGUGAAUUUGUGAGGUUCUCAGGGGAGUGUAUCGGCGUGGAGGGCGACACUAACGCGGUUUAUUCGUGGAUGGAACGAGAGCCGGCACGUCUCCAAAAACUAUGCAGCUCGUUCAUCAGGGAGGACGAUGGCGUGCUGCUGUUGGGCAGGGCGCAUGCGGGACUGAUUUGGGAACUCGCUCACGUCGGACACCACGUGUUCGCGUGUGACGACGCGACAAAAGAGCUCAAAUACGUUUCCAAGUUUUUGGAGUUUUAUGUGAAGGAUCCGAGAAACAAAUGCAGGUUCGAAAAGCCCCAAGUCGAGCACCGCAAGGACCGGGACAUAUACUAUAAACUCGGCAGAAAAAGAGAGAAAGUGUGGGCUUACUUGUUCGGUGACGCUCCACAGUCGGCAGUUGAUAACGACUAUGUCAUCAAGAAAAGCGAACUGGAGAUAGCAAUAAACGAGUACCACGGAUUGCAUAUGGGUGAUUUCCACAUGUUCGUCGCAUGUUGUGAGCAUUUGUAUUUCAAUAUGAAGAAAAGAGCACUCACAAGCAGGGACUAUGCAGACUUGGCACGUAAAACCGGCAACUUCAACAACAUCGAUUGCGACGAAGACACGGCUGACUCCGACGUGGACGUUCCGUCGCGGGCGGCACAAGGUGCGGCGGAGGGAGCACGUGCCGAGAAGCCGCAAGGGAGCACCAACGCAGAUGCGGAGAAGGCGAGGUCGGGUUUGGGAGCGACACGUGCGAGUGAGGGAAAUGUGGAACAUAGACUAAAUGCAAGGGGAGAACAGGAUGGUGUACCGACAAACCCGGUGGGUGCAAGUGAGGGAAUUGUAAACUCACAGGGCAAGACAGCGGAAGAAAAGAAUGAGUGUGGAAUGACCCCGCCGAUAGUUGGACCAUCAUCGACACAUGCACCACAGGCCGAGCAGCACACAUUCACGUUGAUGGACAUAGAUGAAGAAGAAAACAUGGACAUGACAGCACUCAUGCCGAAGCUCGUGCCACGAAAACCGUUACCUCAAGGCUUUUCUCAAGACCCUUCAGUGCCAUACUUGCUGCAAGACAAGUACAAGGAGUCAUCGGAGGAGGAUUGGGGUAAUCACAUUCUCUGGCAUGAGGGCGUGUUCGAACCGUGUGUGUUUGCAGGCAAGUGGCACAUGGCUGUGAAGACAAGAGACCGCGGGUGGGUCGCGAAGGAAAGAAAGGACGUUGCGAUAUGGCACAGCGUGACGGAAACACAACUUUUUCGACGAGUUUUACAAGAAAAUGUCGGCGCAAGCGAGGUGGCAGUAGCGGCAAAGGCGAAAGGUUUAUUUGAGCAUUUGCGUGCGAACAAACAACUAGAAUUCAGCACAAAGUUCUACGACCUUGCAUCAAGUGUGUCGUACGGCUCCAUCGAUUGGAAAAUCAACCAGGCGUCAGCAGUACAAAGAAUCGAUAGCAUCACAUCUCUGAAGACUCAAGACGUUAUCGCGUCUAACAUGAUCGUCGCGUUGGCCAGAGGGGAAGCAGCCUGCGAAAUGGACACACGUGAGAACGCAGGUCACAUGCAUAUAGAACAGUUGCGAGCAUGUCUUCAACAAACCACACAGAGAAGCACAAUGGGGGAUUCCACCAUGAUACGCAAGGACGGCGACGACAUGAAGUCGGGCACAAUGUCAGAGCAGCCAAUGCGCGGGGUCAACGAUGGGGCAACAAUCGUUGGAUCAUUCGGGUCUCUUGUGACGACAAUGACAGCGAGGCAAGGCGUAUUUGAGAUGAUGGAGACCGAUGCUAGCGAGGAUGAUGAGAGCCAGACGGUGAAGGUGGCGCAAGAGGAGGUUGGAGCAACAACAGACGAGACGAAGAAAGGUGAGGGAUCGCACGAACACAUUUCCAUAAUAGAUAUGAUAUCGGAGAGUACGCGCGAGGAUAUGAUCCAAGAUAACGACCAGAAAGAUGACCACGCUGCACCACAAGUAGAAGGUGGCGACGAAGACGACGCGCAACGACCGAGACGGUCAACGCGAGCAGUAAUUACGAAAACUGUGUUUGAUGCGUAGGGAAGGCUUAGACGGGCAUGGGCGUUUACACGUUUCUGGUUAUAUCGGUGUGUCGCCCCAAAUAAUAAUGCGAUAUUCACCCGGUCCUCGCAGGGAGUGUC